AAAGCGCCUUGUCGUACCUUGCUCACUGUGUUUUUCUUUUUCCUUGGAGCUUUGUAGCUAGUGUUCGCUAUGCCAGAGCCCGCGAAGUCCGCUCCCGCCCCGAAAAAGGGCUCCAAGAAGGCGGUGACUAAGGCGCAGAAGAAAGAUGGCAAAAAGCGCAAGCGCAGCCGCAAGGAGAGUUAUUCCAUCUAUGUAUACAAGGUGCUGAAGCAGGUCCACCCUGACACCGGCAUUUCGUCCAAGGCCAUGGGCAUCAUGAAUUCGUUUGUGAACGACAUUUUCGAGCGCAUUGCUGGUGAGGCUUCCCGUCUGGCGCAUUACAACAAGCGCUCGACCAUCACCUCCAGGGAGAUCCAGACGGCUGUGCGCCUGCUGCUGCCUGGGGAGUUGGCCAAGCACGCCGUGUCCGAGGGCACCAAGGCCGUCACCAAAUACACCAGCGCUAAGUAAACAGUGAGUUGGUUGCAAACUCUCGACCCUAACGGCUCUUUUAAGAGCCACCCAUCUUCUCAAAGAGAGAGCUGGUGCUUGUAUUCCUCCUGUGCUGGCCAUUGACAUAGUACUUGUAACUCACUACUGUGUUUUUUAGUCUGAACCAAUCCUUAAUGACUUUUUUUUUUAGAUCUGCCAUUCUAAUCCCCUUAGAGUUAAGUAAGGACAUGGGGAGACUUUCUAUUACACGUUCGAAACCGACUAAAAUACUCGUCAGUCCCCCAGCGGAUAGUGAGUUGGGACAGUGCCAAGUUGCAGCGGUUAUCAGUUUGAAUUUGUCCGGGCAGCGCCCACCCUUCCUGUCUGCAUCCUGAUUAGUUGCUGUAUCCAGGAAGUCCACGGUCGGUUUGGGUGCGCCAAAGGAAUUCAAACCCCGCCUUUAUUUGGCCUUCCUUAACAAACUCAGUAAACUGUCAGUUUGUGUUUCUCAUUCUUUAGUAUUUUAUCGCUUUCGGGAAGGAGAUUGAUUUCUUCUCAGUUUUCAUUGGAUACAGCGAUUUUUUUAAAAAGGGACUCUUUAUGUCAACAUAAUCAUUUUUUU